CGAAGUGGCUCCGUGGGCUGCGUGGUCGUGUUAUUGCAUUCUUCGAGUAUAUAAUCCAUUUCACUCAAGGAACUAACUCAGCACCAGCAGCACAACCUGUGUGUUAGGCUGCCACAACAUCAUACAGUAGAAGCCAUUCCAAGAUGCUGUUUGCUAGAUAAUUAUUGAAAUAUGGCUGAACGGCCUGAGGAUCUGAAUCUGCCCAAUGCAGUAAUUACUCGCAUUAUAAAAGAUGCACUGCCUGAUGGCAUCGCUGUAGCCAAGGAGGCUCGCAGUGCCAUUGCCAAAGCUGCAUCAGUUUUUGUCCUGUACACCACCUCAACAGCUAACAGUUUAGCUCAGAAAAACAAAAAGAAAACUGUGAGUGCACAGGAUGUGUUUGCUGCCAUGAAAGAGAUGGAGUUUGAUAAGUUUAUUGAACCAUUACAAGAAAGCUUAGAAGUGCACAAGAAGUCUCAACAAAGCAAAAAGGAACAAAAAGAAGCCAAAGCUAAAGCCAAGAAAGCUGAAGAAUCGGAAAAGAACACAAGUAUGGCUGAAGUGGUUCUCAUGGAUGCUUCUCAUACUUGUACAGAAAUUGGUGUAGAGCUACAAAAUACAGAGACUAUGGACUAACCACACAAAGAAAAUGCUGUAGAAUAUGAAUAAAUGACUAGUACGUACCUUUAAUUUGUAAUAUAUUGAAAUAAGAAAAUGACUAAAAGGCAUGUGUGUGUAUGUUAGGAAAGAUCUGAACACUGAAUUUAGUUCAUUCCUAAUGGUAUCAUAAGUAAAUUUACCUUUAAAUGCUAUGUAACCCAGAUGAAUUUCAUAAGUCACGAUUAGGAAAUUGGUAUGCCAGAUGUGGUGUGUAUUCUUAAUGGUCACACUAUCAAACAGUGGAAAGAAUGGUACCCAUCUAGAGAGAAGAUGGGGUACCUAGUCUUUGGGUCUCAUUCAUAUGGGAUUUUAAGUGCCCUGUCUUUUUUUUAAGGUGUUCCUCAUCAAGCUGAGUCCAUCAUCUUUUGUUUUUGAAACAUUUCAUGAUAAGAAAUUUGUGAUCAUGAUUGCAUAAUUUUGAAGACUGAAUUUGUAGUAGUGGCAUUCUUUUUUACAUGUAAUUUCAGCAAUAUGGAUUUGCAUCAAUCAUAACAUUAAUUUAAUUGGUUUAUAUAUAUAAUGUUGAGCCUACAGCAUAUUAAACCACUAUUAAUUGAGACUAACAGGAGUAAGUUGAGGUUUUGGUAUUUUGAAAAUUUUUGGAUUUUCUGGGGAAGUGUUUUCUGGGGCAUGAAGUAAAACCAUCAGCCAUUUUCAGUAGAGUACUGUAUAUAUUUAUGGUCGUUUUAUAAACAUUAAUUCAUAUCCAUUACAGUAAACAUUAAGCGAAGUAACUUUAUGUACAAAAUCAUGAAAGCUAAACUAUUUCACACCCUUGGGGUGAGGUUGUAGAGAGGAGAAGGGGUAUUUAGUUAAGCUUGGAGUGAUUGUUGUCUUGGGACUUGUUAGUUGGUAUGUUCAAUUUCAAGUCAGAAAUGUUUGGUCCCCCUGUCUCUGUCUUUUUACUUUUAUCCUCUUCGCCGCUGAUCGGCUCGUUAACCGUUUGGGCGAUCAAUUAUUAUGUCUAUUAUGCACGGUUGGUAAGUCUGUUUUUGAAAGAGCUCAUACUUGGUGCUGUCCCAACACUGGCUAAAAGGAAGUGUAGUAUCUAUGGGAUGGACAUAAAAUUAGAAGUUACAUGUCGUAAGAAAGGUAGUGAGCAUGUCUCAAUAAACUACUUUCACUGAAACGAGUGUGUAAGUGAGUGGUUAGGUAGCUUGCGCCGCAUCAACACACCGACCCCAAGCGACUUUUACUACCUUAAAUAAGUUGUAAAGUUAAAUAUUUUCAUAAAAUAAUGUGUAAUCAAAUGUUUAACAAAUGUUUCUAAGGUAUAUAUAUGUAACUGUUAAACGAUACCAAAUUAAACUUUAUGAGGGUCACUUAUAAUGUGAUGGUCCCGCUUAGACCCUAUUCCUAUUAAUUCCUCUUUAUAAGUGGUUUCAUUAUCAGUGGCUUUUUUCUGGUCCUUAUUAACCACUUAUAAUGAGGACCCCCUGUAUGUUUAAGUUUUCUGGGAACCUCCCUUUUUAUGCCCAGAUGAACAUGACACUCAAGUCUCUAGCCACCAAAGUAAUGCCUUAUCUUUAUAGAACUGAGAUAUGGGUUUUUUUAUUUUAUUUUUUUUUUUGGAAACUUCACCACAUAAUUUUUUUCGUGGGUGUGUUUUUCCCAUAAGAAUUUAUAUCUGUUGUUAUUUGGCUGAUUAUUUUUGUAAGAGUUUCAUAAUAAAGGAAUUCAAGUAACUUUUGUUAUAAUUAUUCUAUUAUUAAACUUGUAAAACUAAUGAUACAGUAGACCUUUGCCAUUCAUGGUUUUACUGUUUUGACUUCAUGGUGCAUUCCAUCAAAAAAAAAUAAAGAAAAAAUAUUGGU